AUGCCACUCCCACUCUGGCUGCAACGUGUUAUAGGACAAAACACGGUCUUCAUACGUUAUGGUCCGAUAGCGAUCUUGGCAGGCAUCUUUGCCUUACUCGCCGGGAUCUCUGUUUUUCUUACACAGGUUUAUCUGAACGCAAACUUCAGAUCCCAAGUAAACGUGCGCAAUAUCACAUUGAAUAUUUUCCAUGUCAGUGGAUCCCCUGGUGUAAGUCUUAAUCUGACAUAUUUUAGGCUCGCUGACAUGUUCUCGAUCGACAUGAAUGGGCAGAUAUUGUCUGUUCACUGGUCUCUUGUUGGCGCUUGCGGAUGGCAGUUCACAGGAUCGUCAAACGAUGAUUGUGUUCAAAAUCAAUUUGUCAACAACAUCGCCCUGUAUCUGAAUGAGAAUGCCACUGUAAAUUGGAACGCAACAACGCCAAUAGGCACUUUUGAUGCAUCAACAGUCCAAAAUCCGCCACCAGUGGCAUACAUACCAGGAAGAGAGAAAUUACCAGCACAUGAAUAUAAUACAGAUUUGUCUAUGGACCCCUUUCUUCCGUAUACGCUACAAAAGCAAGUAUCAACUCUUUACUACCCAUUCGAUGAGCACUCUGCAUACGUAUCGCUCUUGACUAUUGACACUGACAGCAAUACAUCACUGCCGAUAUCUGGCGUGAUUGGAUAUGGAAGUAUGGUGAAUUGGAUCGGUACCAGUGCGUUUUACCCGACUACAGUAGGGGACGAGACAUUAUAUCCAUUAGCCCUAACCGUCAAGCGACAAAAAAUGGUCAAGGCAUUCGCCCUCGUCCUGGUUGUUACAAACUGGGCCCUCUCUGUUACUAUUUUAUGGAUGACAAUCCUGGUGCUAUUCCGUGCAAACGUUAAUGAUGGCCUGAUCUUGGCAUCCACAACAGAUGCGCCACUGACAUCAUCUUUCAGUCCUUUUGCCCUUCCACAGAUCAGGGCCAGUAUGCCGGAUUCUCCGCCAUUCGAUAUCGCUGGUUACUUCAUGAAUGUCUGUCUCGUCAGCAUCUGCACUUCAAUUCUCCUCUUUUCGCAAUUACAGUACCGUUACCGGCCAGGCGCAACAUCAGAGGGACUUCCGCCAUCACAGCGAGCCGUUUUCAUUGUCGGCGCAGAAUGA